AUGGCUGCUUUGGAUUCAAGCAAGUUGAAAAUAGAAAGCAGAACUUUAUACGUUCCGCCCUUAGAGGAACUCAAAACUGUUUUCAGUGAAGCUCUUUCAAAAAACUUUGCUGAAUUCUCAGUGGAGAUCGUAGACUCUCCAGAUUUGAAAGAAAAACCCUUCACUCUAGCAGCUUCUGGUUUAGGUGGAAAAGCAACCGUAUUAGAAGUGGGUGGGCCAUUCUUUUUGCGCCCUUUGGUUCACAGAGAUAAAGUUUAUGAUAUUAAAACCAUGGCCCCGCUUGUGGGCCACGGAGAGAAAUCCUUUGUAAUCGGAGCCGCUGGUGGCCCCUGGCCAUAUAUAAACAACAAUUGCGAAUUGAUGAUGAACGUACUUUUGGAUAAUCCUAAACCGUCUGAAAGCUCCCGAAUUGCUUUCGUCGACAAAAACAAUGGAACAAGUGUCUUACAAGUUUUGCCUAAAAACGAAACUCGUUUCGCACUUAUGGCAAAUUUAUUUUUAAGUGAAGGCAAACCAGGAAAGGUGUUAAAAGUUUAUGCCAAAAAACGAACUGGGAAGAAUGAUUUUAUAGCUACGAUGCAGAAAGCUUUAGUGAGUCAUUACACAGACAAAUUUGUUGGGUUGGGUGGAACUUUCCUUUUGAAAGAAGGAAAAGCGAAGCAGCAUGUGAUGCCGGAUUUUUCAGAAACUCCCAUAAACACUCUGGCUGAUCUUAAUAAUUGGCUGAAUUUUUACGACAUGUCUGCUCCUCUGAUCGCGGUUGGCACUUUCGUUUCUGCCGAACCGGAUUUGGAUCUCAAGGUUCAGCAUUUCCACAGUUUUUCUUAUCAUGGCGAAGGAGGACAUUACCACAUCGAUACAACUCCUGAUAUUGUAGAAUAUUUGGGAUAUUUCACACCAGGGGAAAUUUUUUAUAGGGUGGAUCAGCCUUCAGUUGUCAAGAGUUCUGGGAAGAACUAA